AAAGAAGACGGAUACGUCUCUUCGCAAGCACAAAAUUUGUAAAGAAAGAGCUCACGGCAAAGCAGACAAGACUUUGAUAGAUGCUACCAGUUUACCAAUAUGGCGGUCGAGUUUGGUUGAGUUUUAGUGGCGCCACCAACGAAUUCAAGCAUUUUCGUUGAGUUAAUGACUUUUCGUUUUGCAUUGAUUUUUUCGACGACAAAAUUUGAAUAUUUUCUCAGCGUGAAAUCGAAUUCUUUCAAUUUACGAAGACCAUUACAUUUGUGUGGACACAUUUGUUCCCGUAUUGCAUUUGAUUUUGAUGACAAAAUUUCAAGUUUUAGCCGUCAUUUCUAUGUCGAUUUGGUCACUUGGCAUUCACAGAUGCUUAAAAAUGUAGGUGUGUUCCAUCCUUCCAUCUGUCUAGCUAAUAUAACGCACACCAAAGCACGUCUGACACUUAAUUGUAUGAUAAACACAGAUGCUUCGCCUUGCACAAGCAAAACCGAAUGCAUCUACUCAUACAUGCGUGAAUGUGUGUGCAUGUGGAUGUGUAUGUGUGUGAUGCGCGUAAAUAUUUUUCUUCUGUGUUUUGUUGUUGUUACAUUUAAGUGUAAACUCGCUUGCGAUGCCCAUAACUCAAAUUGAAUUUAAAUGGCGAAGUGUGCGCCCGACUGAUUCAAUUUACCACAUUCGGAUCGCUUUUCAAACUAUUUUGUGUGUGUUUUAAUCUUGACCAUCUAUAAAAAAUGUGUUUGUGAUUUUGUUUGCAUACUAUUUUAGUAAAAUAACAGUGUGAAUAGUGAGAGGAAAAAAAGACCGAGAAACAUUUUCAGGAAACUCACUCAAACUGAACAAUACAACAUUGCUGGAUGUUGUCAUCAAAUUUUCCGCAUUGACAAUAACAACCAUGAAGACUGUAUGUAGUGUAAUGACUUCUUAGCAAAUUUAUGUGUGUUUGAAACAUCCAUUGGUAAUUUUGUUUGAUUUAGAAAAAAAUUAUUACAAUUGUAAAAAAGGACCUGAACUUCGCGAGUGUUGAAAUCAUUGGAUUUGAAAACAUGAAGUGACAUUUUAUUUAUUUCUUCCUCAUUUGUAAUGGUGAAUUGAAUUGGCGGAUUAUUUUAUUGUACCAUUUUCGAUUUGUUGGUUCACACUUUGCAUACAAAAGGUUCAUUUCUCGGUUUAGUUUCGUAAUUUAUAACCGUGAUAAAUCCAUUGGAAUGGUUGAAUAUUUGUGUUAACAAAUCCAAAAGCAACAAGAACCAAGUAGUUUGUAGCCGAAUUCACGACACAUCGUUGGAUAAUGGAAUACAAUCGAUUCUGUGCGACGACUACGAAGACGACAACAACAAUAUGAUAAUAGAUCUAACCACGGCUACAGAAAUGACAAAGAUGAGAAAUAAGGCGAUAUUUUUGUUCGCCACUGUAUCUGUAUUAUUGUUUACGAACAUCAAUGCUAGCCAAACCAUACGAUUUACGAUCGAACCAAGCAAUAUCGUUGUAUCUGAAGGAAGUUCCAUUUUAUUGCCAUGUGAGGGUGAAAUAACACACACAAACACUGAUCAUUUGCUAACGAAGCGAAAGUUCAACAAAAACCGUUUGGAUUUGCUGCCGAACAUACGAUGGAGGGGACCAGAUGGUCAAGAUAUUGGCAUCGUUGGUGAUACAUUUCGGACCCAACUCGAAAAUGGAUCUUUGUACAUCAGUUCAGUAGAGGAAAAUCGAGGUCUAACCGGUGCCUAUCAAUGUUUGCUCAGUAGCGAUGGCAUCGGAACAAUUGUCAGCCGGUCUGCGAUUGUUUCCAUUUCCAAAUUGCCUGAAACGAAUAAUUUAUUUGAAGAGCUCCAUUUGUAUCCCGGUCAAACGGCGUAUAUCAAGUGUUUAGCAUCGCCGGCAACAUCCGAUUUGGGCAAAUAUCAUGUUCAAUGGUUUAAAGAUGAUAUGCCCUUGCGUCUUGACGACACUCGAAUGGUAUUGUUUCCAUCUGGUGCAAUUGAAAUUGAUGAACUGGUCGCAGCUGAUAAAGGAACGUAUCAGUGCAACGUUACCUCAGGAACUUUUUAUACACAUAGUAGUAAAACUAAUUUAAAUAUCAAAGCUGGCGGUGAACCGCAACAAUUCCAAGCGCCAACAUUUUUGACCGAAUCAACGUCGAAAACAGUGAACGAAGGAGAAACUGUUACAUUGGAUUGUGUUGCGAAUGGCAAUCCAAAACCACAAAUUAAAUGGCUCCGAAAUGGUGAAGAUAUUGAAGUCAGUGACUCGAAUCCAAGAUAUCGAAUAAUUGGAACGGGUUCGCUGCAAAUCAUAUCGAUUGGUGAAACAGACGCCGGGAACUAUCAAUGUCGUGCAAGUAAUAGUAUGGAAUCGGCAGAUAUCGAAAUUUCUUUACUGGUUCAAGUGCCUCCAAAAUUCAUUCAAAAUCCAACUGAUCGUAUUGCUUAUGAGAAAGACGAAUUGGAAAUGGUGUGUGCAAUACGAGGCAAACCAACACCUAUCGUGCAAUGGCUUAAAAAUGGCGAUGUUAUCACACCAAAUGACUACAUGCAAAUUGUGAAUGGACAUAAUUUGCGGAUUCUCGGAUUGAUUGAAACCGACGCCGGAAUGUUCCAGUGUAUUGGACACAAUUCGGCUGGUAGUGUUCAGGCAGCAGCAAGACUAGAAAUUGCCACUCCAAAAGGAAAAAAGGGUAAAAAGGCUAAAGAGAAUCACAUGAAAAAUAAACCGAUCAUGUCAUCAACGACCGAAGUAAUUGUUGCCGAUUCUCCGAUACAUACAGCCGCAUCAAAGGUGGCAACGGGCCCAAAACUGCCCACAAACUCAAUACCAAAGAGCAUUUUUAACAGCUUACAGUCGAAAGAUAAAUUGAGCAGCGACGAAGAAUUGAAUAGUGAAGAUUAUGAUCAAAAUGGCGAUGAUUAUGAUGACGAAGAUGAAGGGACCAUUCAUCAGAUCGACCCAAAUGUUAAUCUAAAUACAUUGCUGCAUUCAUUAACACAAAAGGAGAACGAAAAGACCGAACAAAUAAAUCGAAAAUCAACAAUUGUUGCCGACAAAACUAAUGCCAUUAAACAAUCUACUGAUUUAUCAAUCGAACAUUUAGAUGGAGAUAGUAAUUUGAAGGCGCUGAUACCGGGACCACCUAGGGAUCUAGUUGCACAAUUAGUCAAUCGGUAUGUGACUCUCAGUUGGAUGGAGCCAGCCAAGAAUCCAGAUGAAGUUAUUUCUUAUACAGUAUUUUACAAAAUGACGUCAAGCGAACGUGAGCGAAAAUUAACGACCAAAUCACGCGAUGAACAAACGGCAAUUAUUCAGUCUGUGUUGCCGGGUAAAACGUAUCAUUUUCGUGUGGUUGGAAACAGUAAUCAUGGCCCCGGUGAAUCGUCAAAUGUUUUCGAGCUGACAACGCAACCGGAUGAAAACAUCGCGGGUGCAGUUCGAAAUAUAGUCGGUCAGGCGCUAAGCCACAAAGAAAUUCACGUGCGAUGGACACCACCGCUCAUUUCCAACGGCAACAUUAGCAAAUAUCGCAUUUAUUAUACAGAACCAGACGGUGUUGAUAUGUAUGUAGAUGGCCUUGGCACUGAAACUGAAAGUACUUUAACCGAAUUACAUCCAUUCACCGAGUACUCCAUAUAUGUUGUGCCAUUUAAUGGGAAUGGCAUGGGUGACUCGUCGAAUGAGAUCACAGUGAAGACAUUCUCAUCGGAACCAAGCGAAUCGCCUCUAAAUGUUACACUUGAAGCCACCAGUUCGACUUCUAUAACAGUUCGAUGGCAGCCACCACCUCCAGAAGAACAAAAUGGUCAGAUCACUGGAUACAAAAUCCGAUAUCGGAAACAAAAGAAGCAUGUUCAAGUUGAAACAACGCCAGCUAAUGUGCGCCACUACGAAUUGCUUGGAUUGGACAAGAAGUCGGUGUAUCAGGUGAAAAUAGCCGCAAUGACUGUUAAUGGAACGGGACCGUUUACUGAAUGGAGUUCCAUUGAAACAUAUGAAAGCGAUUUGACUGAAACUCAUGUACCUGGCAGGCCAACAAUUACAAACACACGAGCAACAAGUAGUAGUAUAUCGAUUUCAUGGAGUCCCCCCAAACAGCAAGAGAUUAAAGUGCGAAAUUAUAUUUUGGGCUUUGGUAUCGGUUUUCCGGAUGUAGAAACUCGUGUCCUCGAUGAAAAGCUACGAUUCUAUGAAAUUAAGAAUCUGGAAUCGAACAGUGAAUAUGUGCUCUCGUUGAGAGCACGAAAUCUGGCUGGUGACGGUGAGCCAACCUACUAUAAUAUUCAGACGCGCGAUGAAGACCCUAUUGAGUCUGGUGGCUAUGUGCCGGAAGUUCCAGUUCGACUGCGUGCAAUCACAAUGUCGGCCACAUCAAUCGUAGUUUACUGGACGGAUAAUUCAGUGAUUCGGGCACCGCAUACAUCGAGUAGCCGCUUCUACACCGUUCGCUACAAUAUCGUUGACACAACACGCUAUAAAUACUACAAUACAACGGAAAUGAAUUGUAUGAUUGACGAUCUACGACCGAAUACACAGUAUGAAUUUGCUGUGAAAGCGGUUAAAGGACGCCGUGAAUCACCAUGGUCAAUGUCAGAAGUGAACACAACAUUUUCACUGUCUCCCGUUUCACCGCCACGUGAUCUCUCCGCUCAACCAGAUCCAACCAAUCCACAAACGGUUGUUCUUAAAUGGUUGCCACCUCGCAAUAAUAAUGGACAUAUCAGCGGCUAUUUGGUUUACUAUACAACUGACUCGUCCAGCCGAGAUCGUGACUGGUCGGUGGAACCAGUGAACACAGAUACCUCGUUAAAAAUCAAGAACCUUAAGCAAAACACAAUGUAUUAUUUCAAAGUGCAAACUCAGAAUGUCAAUCGAGCACAGCAAGGCACUUUUUCUGCCAUGAUCUCCUAUAAAACGGGCAAUUUAGUGAGCUUGUCCAGCCCAACAAAUCAAAAUCCAAACAUGAAUGAAGACUUGAAAAUGCCAUCCAGCGGCGGCUUAGCCAGUUUAAUAAUUAAUGAAUACUUGAUUUAUAUUAUUGCCGGCGUGAUGGUGAUAACAUUGUUGAUUUCAAUCAAAGUUGUUAUGAUUUUAUGCCGACGAAAGCCGCAAGGAACACCAGAUGGAAAACACAUUUAUAACAAGGGUACAAGCAAUCAACCACCUGACUUAUGGAUUCAUCAUGAUCAAAUGGAAUUAAAGAACGUUGAAAAAAAUCCAACAAACGAUGGUGCAUCGAGUAGUGGAGCAAUGACACUGCCACGCACUGGGCAUGAAUAUGAGACUGAUCUAUCGCAUACUCACAUUACAAACUCACUAGAUAAACGUCAAUAUGUUCCUGGUUAUAUGUCAACUUCAAUGAAUUCAACAAUAGAUCGAUCACACUAUCCACGAACUUAUAAUCGCAUGCUAAUCGACCCAAACUCUUCACAACAGAACCUAAUAAAUCAAACUCAGAUGACAACGAUCCCACAAACGCCCGAAAAUCCAUAUAGUUACGACUCGAUGCCAUCAAAUUAUAGUGAUCCCAGCAUAACGUAUGCACAAGGUCUAUCAAUCGAUGUACCGAAAGCACCACGUGGUCAAGGACAUCCAUUGCAAAGUUUCAGCGUUCCCGGGCCCCCUCCUUCUAGUCUCAAUACCACGCCAUUGAUUUCAAAUCCAAACAAGCAUAAUGUUCCAGCUGUAGCCAUACGCCCUCAAAAUGCAUCGCCAUAUAAGAAAUCGUUAACAAAUAGCACGGGAUCGUCGAUUGCACCGAUCUCAUUGUCAAAUACAUUGACAAAUCGUUUGCAACAAUCUGGUCCCAUGGUCGCACAUUCAUCCGAUGAAAUUCAAAGACUGGCACCGAGUACGUCGACCGAAGAACUCAAUCAGGAAAUGGCUAAUUUAGAAGGCUUAAUGAAAGAUUUAAAUAAUACUAUGAAAAACAUCACUGCCAGUGAAUUCGAAUGCUAAACACAUUAAUACACAAAAUCCACAGCUAUAAUGCCGAAUCAUAACUAUCAAACUAUCAACGCCAUUGGUCAUCAUGUGCAUAGAUUGACAAUACUUUCAAAUUGACACUCACACUUGAUCAAACCCCGUUGAUUUUUCGAUGAAUGAAAGGAUUCAUCUUGAAAUUGAAGGGAAUUGAAUAAGUCACACUUUACAAUAAAUUGUAUUGUUAGUGUAGCACUAACGUGUAGCUGCGAAAAAACAUCACUGACCACGACGAAAGAAAAAAAAAACGAAAAAAUAUACACAUAACUGCCGAAUCUGAAA